AGCGUCCAGACGUCGGGGGUUUAUGGUGCGGAACCUCUUGGGGGCCGGCUAUUUACUACAGCGAAACAUCCAGCGUUUCUCUCACUCUACGUCUUCUGAGGUUGAGCAAGGAUCAGACCGGGUACAACUUCGACUUCAGGAUGGAGUACAAGAUGAUUAGGAAGUCGGACGCCGUCGUCCGCUACGGAAAUCCAUUCGUAGGAAUGACGCAGGUGACAACGUCGCCGGCUACGACGGUUUAUCAGACGGUUACCGACCUGGAGAAUUCCUCGAUGACGGUUUCCGGUCACACCGGUGAACUUCCGGUUCACACGCUGCAAACGACGAGGCCAACACCGUCCGAGCAGCAGUACCUCGGGGAUUUGAUAUCCGGCACUUACUGUUCGCGUAUAUUCAGCGACUGCGACAGGAAGAAGUGCAGACUCCAAUCGCCAAACUUCCCCGGAUUGUAUCCUCGCAAUUUGACCUGUUACUACGCGGUCCGUCAGCACGAGGUGCCUCCGGGAAAACACGCUCUUAUUUCCGUUCGGCAGCCGAGAGGACAGCUCGUCGCUGUCAGAGCCAGACCUGCGACUCAGGCCGAACCUCCGCCUCGGGAAUUACGACUUUGGCAGGACUGCGACGUCGUUCAGGAUUACGUGACCGUCUACGACGGAUACACGACGCGUGAUCCGGUUAUACUGAAAUUUUGCGGGGGUGGCGAACCGGUUCCAGAGGCGAUAAGCAGCGGGCCUGAACUUCUCGUGGAAUUCACCACCUCGCCCUUUGGUACUUUCCUACACCCGACGCCCCUGCAUUCCCUCCAUGGAUUUCAGCUCGAAGUCCAGGUGAAGUUCGUCGACAUCAAUUCACCGACUUACUCGAGGAACAAGAGGUGCGAAUUCUGGCUCCAAGGUAACGGUGGCGGCCUUUUGGCCUCCCCGAGACACACGCUUCCUCGGAACAGCACCUGCCUCUACCAUCUCCAGGGAAUGGGGCCGGUCCAGCCGAGUCCUACGCCUCCGAGGCCGCUGCCAAAGUUUCCCGAACAGCGGCCUGGGACCGUUUGGAGAAAGCCGGCACCUCGGCUGCCCGAACCGCAGUUCAGGGUUUGGCUUUCGGUGCUAAAAUUUCACGUUGGCAGUACGAUCAAUCCUACGGUGUCGGAAGAGGAGUGCGCUACUACCCUUAUGAUUUGGGACGGCCAGAUGCGACCCAUGACGGAGUGCAACGAUAUAUUUUGCGAAAAAGAGCGUCAACGCGGCUUCGAGAGGACCGGUGAUCCCAUUCAGGCAGUUGCCGCUCGUCCAGCUGGAAACACGUCGCUCUUGGCUCGAUACUGCAAGGACAGGGUGCCUCGGACUUGCGACCACGCCAUAUUCCAAAACACAAGUCGGCCCUGUUCACUCGGGGAGAGUUUUAUCUCCUCCGGAAGCACGCUGACCAUAGAAAUGCGGAUGAUCGAGUCGACGGCUCUCAGGCCAGUGAAUUUUCGCGCCCUGUACGAGUUCGUCGAUCUACAUCAGGACGGAGAUACAUACGGAAACGGACCAUGUUCGAGGGUGUUUUACAGCCGUAAUCGCGAUCGCUAUGCUGACAAAAAAUUUCAGGCACCACGUGACAUUUUUCUCUACGGCAGAGGAGGGUCGAAGAAUUUAAGUUGUGUCUACCGUUUCGAGGGCGAACAUGAUGAGGUGGUGAAACUGAGGUUUAACAAACUGGUGAACGGUAACCGAUCGUGCCGUAGCAUUUCAAGCCCGGACUUUAAUCGCCUGCUCUGCGUGGGAUCCAACAGCUUUUCCCUCAAGGUUUACGAGUUCAACUGGGCAAGCGCCCCUCCAAUUCAACGAGAAUGUCUCUGCUCAAACCGUUCCCUACCAAUAAACGUCGAAUCAACGUCGAGCGUUGUCGAGGUCCAUUUUACCGUGCGCAGCAUGGACGCCCUCGACGAUUACAACAAUCUUCACUUCGAGGGAGUUUGGGAUUUCGUUAAGGCUGUCCCGUGCCUAAGGAAGCAGCGAGUCAAAGGACCGAGCGGGGAAAUUAAGUUCUGGUCACCACUCGACGAAGAGGAAAAGAAAAACUGCGUCAAUCAUCCCUGGCUGAUUGAUCCUGGUCCCGAUCAGUACCUCUAUGUAAAAAUGCCCGGGACUAUCGUGACGAACGAGACCAACUGCGCAACCAGAAACAGAGUCGUCGUUCACACCGGGGGUGAAAUUCACGUUGCCGUUUGCCCCAAGCCACCCCCGGACUUCCGGCAUCACGUUGUUGAGGUCUUCAGUGACGGCUGGGCCGUCGGUAGCAACGCCAUGAUCCUUGCGCCAGGAUCGGACCCGGCCAGAAGCAUCGCCGUAGAGUUCAUCGGGGAGGAAAUCGACCCGUAUUCCGUCACUUGGCUCGAAUUGUCCAGAAGACCGAGCGUGACGACGCCUGCGGCUGGGCUUCGGAGGCCUCGGGACUGCGAACAACGGUGUCCGGAGCUGGACGCCUGCAUAAACGCGUCGCUGUGGUGCGACGGCGUCUCGCACUGUCCGUCAGGCUACGACGAAGCCUUGACGCAUUGCUCGAUGCUGCUGCGUCUGCCGCCGUUACACCUGGGUCUGGGCCUCUUGUCGGUGGUCUCGAUAGUCGGCGUUUUGGUGUUCGUCACGUGGCGGAUAUGUCGUCAGAAGAGGAACCGCUCGAUAUCCCAGCACCGGCUGAAGAGCAUAUCAUCGGAAACGGCGAUAAUCGACGGGAAAGAAGUGAUUUGCUGACAAAGCGACAGUUCCGUACGCUACGUUGAGGUUGACCGUGUAACGACCGUCUGACGACCGCGUGUUGCGUCGUUACUAUUGAUUACAGAAAGGUUCGCUCAGGGUUUUGCGCGACGAUCGUCAUCUUCGGGAACAAACUGCAGGAUAUCAUUUGCUCGAUGACCUUUCGGUCGGAGUUUUUAACAAGUUUACACCGUACAGAGUGGAUUUCUAACCACCGCAUGCUC